GAGGAGCUGGAGAGGGGGAGGAGAGAGGAGGCCGAGAGAGAGAGGGAGAGGAGGAGACAGGAGGAGAAGAAGAGGCAGAUGGAACGCAUGCAGCGCCUCAGACAGGAGGAGGAGAAACGCAGGGCAGAGGAGCAGGAGCGGCUGCGUGUGGAGGAGGAGCAGCGGCGUGCGGAGGAGAGGAGGCGCGUGCAGCAGAUGGAGGAGAGCGAGAGGAGCGAGUACCUGCGGCGCCUGCAGGAGCAGGAGGAGCAGAGGAGCAGAGCGCAGGAGCAGCGCAGGAGGAGCCAGGAGGAGGCCCUGCUCUGGGCCCAGGAGCAGGCCAGGCUACAGGCCCAGCUGCAGGCCAGACAGAGGGCGCUGUUGGAGCAGAGGCUGAGCUUCCAGCGGGGCCUGCAGCAGGAGGCCGGCGGGCUGGGGCAGUCUCAGGACAUCUCCCGGCCCUGGGUCUUCUCCUACUUCACCCUGCUGCAGCUGCUGGGCCUCACCGACCCCGCGUCCGGCCCUGAGGGACCCGGGGCCGGGCCAGACUCUCCCCAACCCACACCAACAUAA